UUUAAUCAUUUUUUUUUCCGUAGGUGGUGGAAAAGUCAUUGAUGCAUCACAAGAGAUGAUAGCGUUGGGAUUCUGUAAUAUUUUCAGCUCGUUUAUGGGAUCUAUGCCCGUUGCGGGUAGUAUGACCAGGUCUGCUCUUAACCAUACAACCGGUGUCCGUACAACGUUCAGCUCAAUAUUUACAACUAUAUUGGGCAUGUUGUCGCUGUUGUUUUUGACACCACUUCUAUAUUACAUACCCAAGUCUAGUUUGUCCGCUGUACUCAUAUGUGCGGUGACUUCAAUGUUUCGAUACGACAUGAUGAUUUCGUUGUGGAAAACCAAUAGGCGUGAUCUAAUACCGUUCACCACCGCGUUCGUAUCGUGUUUGAUAUUCGACGUCGAGAUGGGACUUCUGUUCGGCAUCUGUGUCGACUUACUCUGCGUACUAUAUCGUAGCGCCAGACCGUCGAUUUCCAUCGAAAAAGAAACUAACUCGGGUUACGUGAAAUGGGUGGUCAGGCCCAGCAGCGGUCUACUUUUCCCAGCGGUGGACUUUAUGCGACAGCGGAUCAUUGCCGAGAUGUCAUCUUCGGAACGUCCGAACAAACCGAAUCUCAUAAUUGUGGAUUGCGUGCAUUUCGACAAGACCGACUUCACAGCUGCUCAAGGAAUAAAAUCGUUGAUAAAUGAACUGAAAUCCGAGUCAUGUCAACUCGAACUGAUGAACGCCAAGGAAUGUGUAGCAGCUAUACUAGAGGCCACACUGAACGUUAAAAUCUUGUCUAUGGUUCCGCUUCAAGAUUCUAUUAAGAAAUUUAAUUUUAUUCAACCUGAUCUCAAUGGAGUUGAAUCAAUGACAUUACACGAGAUUAAAAUGAAAAAUAUUUGUGAACGCAAAGCGUGAUUGUUACUUACUAUUAUGUAAUUUUACUUUUGUAUACUAUAUAACUAUUUAUAAAUUUGUAAAUUAUUAUAUAAUUUUUACUAUUUUAUUGUUAACUAUAUAUUUAUAUACUAAUAAAUAUAUAUAAAUAAUGUAUAUUGUUAUAAGAUAUUGUGAAAAACUAAUAAAUGUUUUAUUAUUCUUUUACUGUA